AUGACAUUUCUCAAGGGGCUAUUCAAAAAACUUAAGAAUCCAGACGAUGGAAAGAGAAAAAGUUCACUUGAUGGGAUUGAACGUGGAGUUGAUCCCUUCGAAAAAUGGGAUAUACUCAGCGAGUUAGGGGAUGGCGCAUUUGGGAAAGUCUUCAAGACUAGGAGAAAAAGCGAUGAUGUUCAAGCGGCUUUGAAAAAAGUUGAGUUUGAAUCAGAGUUGGAGCUGGAAGACUUCAUGGUCGAGAUUGAUAUUUUAACUGAUUUUAAGCAUCACAACAUACUUUCUCUCUUGGAAGUAUAUAUCUACGACAACAAACUAUGGAUGUUCUUGGAAUUAUGCGGUGGUGGAGCUCUGGAUUCUAUCAUGAAUUCUUUAGACAAGCCGCUAACUGAAUUUCAAAUCCGAUUUGUUUCCCGUGAAGUCCUUUCAGGAUUAGACUUUCUUCAUAAAAAUUUAAUCAUACACCGUGACAUGAAAGCAGGUAACAUUUUGCUUACCUCCUCCUAUGAAGUGAAGUUAGCGGACUUUGGGGUUUCUGCAAGGCUUACGAAUGAGAAGCAGAAGAGGGACACAUUCAUUGGAACUCCUUAUUGGAUGGCACCUGAAGUUGUUAUGUGUGAGGCCCUCAAGGAAAGCCCCUACAAUUGGAAGGCGGAUAUUUGGUCCCUUGGAAUUACACUCAUUGAGCUGGCUCAAAUGCGACCACCUUAUAAUGAAAUCAAUCCCACCCGUGUCCUUUUGAAGAUAACAAAAUCCGAACCACCGACACUUUCCAAGCCAAAGCUUUGGUCCACAGAAUUUAGUCAAAUCCUUUCUCGUUGCCUCCAAAAGGAUCCAAAUAAAAGACCAGAGUGUCGCGAGCUGCUUCUAGACCCGUUCGUUCAAAACGUGACAGAAGAAGAUCGGAAAUACAUACGCCUACUUCUGUGUGAGCUCAAAGCAGAUGUGGUUGACAUCGUUGAAGAACUAGAUCCCGCACAGGUGCCUGAAGAAGAACAACCGGAAGAAUCUGUGCUCGUUCUACCUGACUCAACGAAAAUUGAGAUCCCUCUGGAAAUCAUGGAUGAGGAGGACGAAGGCCUGGAAGUUGAUAUCGGGUCGAAGGAAGCCACACACGGCGAUGCGACUGAGCUAGAUUCUACCACCUUAGCCUCGAAUCCGCAACUCCUAAGUCAGGUGACAAAAGAGCUAACCGAUCAGUUAAUAGAGGAGGUGAUCACUUCCGAGACCAGGCACCCGUCGGUUCCGUCCUGUCUGUUCGAAGUCAUGCGUGACCUCAGCGACGCCCUAGACGCCGUUCCGCAGACAGACGAAAGUUCCCAUGCACCAAAUGUCGCCCAGCCUGAGUCACUUCCACCUGCAGACACACCGUUGCGCCGUCAACGCAGCGUCUACCGGACUUUGACUCGCACACGUCGCUUUGUGGUUGAUGGCAAAGAAAUCACUACAACUUCAACACGCGUUAUUCAUGCGAGCGCUGAGGAGCGAAGGUUGCGUGAUGAUGAAUUAAAUAAGCGUAAAGCUGAGCUGCGCGCCUUCCGUAUUCUGGGCAAACGGGAGGCUCUACAGACCCGGGAGAUAACCGCACGUGCGGCUCAGCUGAAAGAACAGCUCGAGAACAAAUUGAGCUCUGAAUUUUUGGCGCUCAAGAGAAGCUACGAACAGAAAUUGGAAGUUGUCGCAAGAAAUUACCGAGCACAACUGGAGAGACUCGAAAAGGAGUUUGAAGCGGACGCUAAACGUAUUCGGAUUGACUGCGUAAAAGAGCAACAGUCAUUCAAGGAUCAGUUGCGCUCCGAAUUGGAGAACUACAGCCGUGCUGAGCGCAAGGCUGUCAAACGUGAGCUGCAAGCAGAUCAUUCUUCCACUUUGGCCUUCCCAUCUUGGUCUGCUCCCAACAGUUCGUUGAUCUCACUCCGAUCAGCUACAUCAAACUCUGGGUCAGCGAUUAGCCAGAGAUUGAGCGUGUUCAAAGAGAAACAAGAUACACGUCUUAACGACCAGAUUUGUCAACUAACGACAAACUUUAACGCACGACUAAACGCCCUGAGACAAGAGGAAUUAGUGGAGAAACAAGCACUUCGAAUGAGUGAGCCUCAACCAUUUUUACUAUUUUUUACACUGUUCUUGCUGCACCUCGAUUGGAUUUACGCGCAAAAGAAGAAUGAAGACGAAAAAGAUCGCGACAAAAGGUUAAACGGAAUUGGAAGUGGGCGAGUCAUUCCGCUUAAGCAAGGUUUUCUUUACAAACGUACCUGCAAACCGUUGAAUAAGGAAUGGAAGACCAAGAAGUACGUUACACUGACAGACGAUGCUCGUCUUACCUAUCAUCCGAGUAUUCACGACUACAUGGACAACACACAUGGGAAGGAAAUCGAUCUGAGUCGGACGACAGUGAAGAUACCGGGUGUUCCUUUCCGCCAAGUCGGUGGACGCAUUACAAGCAACGGACUACUCCGAAGUAAUUUAAUCGAAAUCAGUUCAGAUAGGUCAAAUGCGGGAGGUAACAGAACUGGGUCCCCAGACCUUAUCACUGCAUUUGCCGACACUACGGCCUCUGGCACAACAGACCCAGUGGCUUCCGUCAAAAAACGACACCGUCGGGUCAAGUCGAAUCCUAAGGGCACCAAUGCUGACGGUUAUGAUUCUGAGGGUUAUGAAUUCCAGCUCAUCUCCAUGGAUCGCCAGUGGCAUUUCGAAGCCAAAGGUCCCGAGGAACGCGACGAGUGGGUGGCGCACAUAGAGCGAGCUAUCAUGACCCGAUUGCAACUGAACGAAUCCAACAAGCGCACUCGGGCUUGUGCCAGCUGUGUUGGUACGACAUGCCCCGUUACCUCUAUCUGCGGUAGCGCCCCAAACGUCGCCGGAGCCCGUUCUCUGGGUGACAGUAGCAGUCUUACUAGCGGUAUUUCAUGUACAGAUGUAAUCGAGACUACCGCUAUUGAACACUUGCUCCCGUGUAUUCGCGCCGUGGCUGGGAACGAACGUUGUGCCGACUGCGGUUCUGCUGAUCCCGACUGGGCUAGCCUAAAUCUAGGCGCAUUGGUAUGCAUCAGUUGCAGUGGCAUUCAUCGACAGUUGGGUACUCAUAUUUCACGCAUUCGCUCCCUACACCUGGACGAAUGGUCACCAGAAUCUGUCGCUGUUAUGUGUGCCAUUGGAAACACACUGGCCAAUUCCGUCUGGGAAGCGGCUGUCCCAGUUAAUGCUGGCAACCGCAAAAAACCGGACGCCUCUAGUUCACGCGAGGAAAAGGAAGUUUGGAUCCGGGCCAAAUACGAUCGUCAGGAAUUCCUUCCUCCCUUGCCUUAUCCAGACGCACCACUGCAGCAACAGUUGAUUGAUGCGAUUGCCCGCCAAGACACGCGGCAGGUUGUCCUCUGUUUGGCACUGGCUACACCGGAUACGGUUAAUGCCGCGUAUUCACGGCAAGACCCACGAGCUGCUAUACAUAUCGCGGCAACCUUGGGCAAUUUGGUUUACUUGCAACUGCUUUUGUGGUACAAUGGAGACCCAGCUGUCACAGACCACGAGGGACGCAAUGCAUAUUACUACGCCCAUUGUUCUCAGAAAUACGAUUGCGCGGAAUUUUUGCGACGAAAUGGGUGUCCAAAACAGCUACUUCCUCCCAGUUCUUCUGGCUUAAACUCCGCUGUCAUGGAGCGGUCAGCGCAGCCACCAUCACUUUCACAACAGCCGGUAUGCUCCGGCGGUCCCUAUCUGUCAAACCUUCCCAAUACGGGUAUAUCAUCCUCCACGAUAUCUAGACCUUACCACUUCUCACAUCUACAACAGCAACCGGCUCAUGUAGCUGCACCCGUAUCAUGCGUUUUGACGGGACCUCCGAGUCAGCUGUUCGCCAAUCAACAUCAUCCUUUUAUUGCUUCGAAGCUGUCACAUUCAGCUACUGCAGCGUCUCAGCCUUACACUCAAGGUAUGCUUUUCGCGUUUCUUUCGUGCGCCUUUUUCCAUUUUACUUUCGCCGGCGCGCUUCAACUUUGUUGCAUUAUUAGGUAA